GGCUUUCGUUAUUUCUGUUGCUCCUCAGGGGCUGCCUUUGGGCUUGUAUUUUGAUUAACCUGGGCUAACUAUGUUCCUUUCAAAGUUUAUUAAUAAUAAUAUUUAUUUACUUUUCAAAAUUAAAAAAAAAAAAAAAAAGAAAAGACAAUUGUGAUGGUUUUCACUUUGGAGUCUAGAUGCCAAGACCAAGUCUCCAUAAAUGUGGAACAUAUUAGAAUUGAUCUGUCCCUACAAAAGUGAAACCAAUUCAAGCCCUAUAAUUAAAGAGAGAGAGUUUCAUCAAAUUAAUUGCACAUGGGUUUUGCAAUAUUGUUUGUGCAACUCACUAUGGUUGGAACAAUUUUAUCAGCAACACCUUCAACGGCAGCAUCUCAGACCAAGCCAGGCUGCGCCACCACUUGCGGAAACCUUAGCAUCCCCUUCCCGUUCGGCACAACCCCUGAUUGUUACCUCGACCCCUCCUUCCUCAUCACUUGUAACGAAACACAUUUCAACCCUCCCCAACCAUUUCUGGAGCUAAGCAACAUACAUGUACUUAACGUAUCACUCGAUGGCCUAAUACACGUCUCGUCUUACACAGCACAAGACUGCUACAACCAGACUGGUUUGCCAGAAGCACAGACGGCGUUCCUUCAGCUGAGAUAUUUUUUCAUCUCCACCACACUGAACAAGUUUACGGCGGUUGGGUGUGACACAGUGGCUGUUGUUGUAGGUACUGUGGGGGAGAACUACACAACUGGGUGUUUGUCACUGUGUGAUCAUGUAGGGAGUGUGACGAACGGGUCAUGCGCGGGUGUCGGAUGCUGCCAGACUGCAAUCCCGCAGGGAGUCAAGGAUUUUGAAAUGGCUGUCACGAGCUUGAAGAAUCAUUCUCUUGUAAGAGAUUUUAAUCCGUGUGGUUAUGCUUUCGUAGUCGAAGAAGCCGCUUUUAGGUUCUCAUCUUUGGAUCUGAAGGAUUUGCAAAAGCGAGAGACUUUCCCUGUGGUGCUUGAUUGGGCUGUUGGAAAUGAGACAUGUGAAGAAGCUAUGAAAAACUCAUCAACCUAUGCUUGUCAAGCCCUUAAUAGCCAAUGCCUCAAUUCAACCAACGGACCUGGGUAUCGUUGCAGUUGCACAUCAGGUUAUCAAGGGAACCCUUAUCUCAUUGAUGGUUGCCAAGAUAUCAAUGAAUGUGAAACUUCAAAACCCUGCAACGGAACAUACGGCACAUGCACGAAUUUGCCUGGGACUUUUUCAUGUGGUUGCCUAAAAGGGUACCAAGGCGAUGGAACAAAAAACGGAACAGGAUGCUAUCCCGAAGAUCAAUCUGAAGGAUCUACCUUGAUUCAUAUUGCUUUAGGUAUAAGCACAGGCCUUCUUGCACUUGUAGUGGGCAGUGGUUGGGUAUAUUGGAUACUCAGGAAAAGAAAUCUCAUCAAACUCAGAGAAAAGUUCUUCCAGCAAAAUGGUGGAAUAAUGCUUCAACAACAACUCUCAAAACAUGAAGGUUCAGUCGAAACAGCUAGAAUCUUUACUGCGGAAGACCUAAAAAAGGCUACCAACAACUACGAAGAAACUAGAAUAAUAGGUCAAGGUGGCUUUGGAACAGUUUACAAAGGGGUCUUAUCAGAUGAUAGAAUUGUUGCAAUCAAGAAAUCCAAAGUAAGUGAUCAAACGCAGAUUGAACAAUUCAUCAAUGAGGUGGUUGUUCUUUCCCAAAUCAACCAUCGGAAUGUGGUGAAGCUUUUAGGUUGUUGUUUAGAGACAGAAGUCCCGUUACUAGUUUACGAGUUCAUCACAAAUGGAACACUGUCUGACCAUAUUCACAAUGAAGACCGCGCCACCUUAGUUUCAUGGGAAAUCCGUUUGAAGAUAGCAGCCGAAGCUGCUGGAGCACUUGCAUACUUGCACUCAGCAACUUCGCCUGCAAUCAUUCAUAGAGAUAUUAAGAGUACCAACAUACUACUCGACAAUACUUAUGCUGCAAAAGUGUCCGACUUUGGAGCUUCAAGGUUGGUCCCUUUGGGUCAUACUCAACUUACCACGUUGGUGCAAGGGACGUUUGGAUAUUUGGAUCCAGAGUACUUCCAUUCAAGCCAAUUGACUGAGAAGAGCGAUGUAUAUAGCUUUGGAGUUGUCCUUGCUGAGCUACUUACUGGAGAGAAGGCCAUUUCUUUUGACAGGCAAGAGAAAGAUAGGAACCUAGCAAUGUACUUUGUUUCUUCGAUGAAAGAGGAUCGCUUGUUUCAUAUUCUUGACAAAAGAAUGUUGAAUGAUGGAAGUUUUGAUGAGCUCAAAGAAGUUGCUAAGCUGGCAAAGAGGUGCUUAAGGGUAAAUGGAGAGGAUAGGCCUACCAUGAAGGAAGUCGCAACGGAGCUAGAGGGAAUUAUCCGAAUGAUGGAGAGGCAUCCAUUGAUUGAAGUAGAUUUGUAUACUGAAGAGACUGAACAAUUGCUUAUUCACAGUCUACCUUCAAACGGCUACAAAGUUGGUGUUGAUGGCCAUAAUGGUUGUACUACAAGUACAACUAUUGGGUAUGAUAGCAUAAGGGACCAGAUUAUAGUGGCACUAGAUGAUGGGCGAUAGUCUCCUCUUUUCUUUAUUAGCAAAUCGGACUAAUAGAUCAAUAUGAGAUAUAGUUGCAUUAUUGACCCUCAAUAAUCUUUCAAAGUUCGUAACUUUUUUUUUUUUGCAUGUAAUAUUUCUUGUUGUACAUAUUAAUCAAGAGUAACCUAUUGCCACAAGGAUGGGCGUAACAAGAAAAAUGCAAUAUAGUAUAGCAGUUUCAUUCU